CAUUUUUUCUUCUUACAUCAAACAAUCUAGAUUGUGAGUUGCACGCACAGUUGCUGUGGAUCACUUUCUGUCAUGCCGUUGAAUAUUUUUGGUAGAUUUUGCGUACCGGAUUCACUAUGACUCAUUUCAUUCUUCCUGUUUCCCUUUUCCUCGUAUACUCUUAGCACGGAGAAAGCAUCGGAGGUCUUGCUGCCUCUCACACUGGACGAAAAUUGAGUGAAAACAGUCACCAUAAGGACAGAAUAUCAUUGCUAAUUUGCGAUAGGACAUUCUGCAAUUUAGAAGCAGUUGCACAACGUUUAGUUGGUGGAUGGUCGGGAUAUGCCAUAAGGAUGUUAGCACCUCUCUGGUCAACCGAUGUCGUCGGCGAUUUUCUUUCAGCAAAGUGUCCCAAGAUCGUUGCAAAUGAUGCUGCAGAUGUCAUAAUUGCUGAUUCGUCGUCUCUAAAAGCCGGAAUAUCGUUCUGGAAAGAAAUUAAACGGAGUGCUUCGUCAACAAAUGGGAUAGGUUGGAUGAUGGAUGCUCCACUGCAUCACAGGAUGGCCGACUGGGAAAAUGUUUGUGUCGCAGGUUCUCAAUAUGUGCCACAACCUAGAAUAACAAGAAUGACAGCUCCGGUAUGGCCUGCAGACAAACACAUGUCUCUAGAUGAAGCGUUUCAUUUCGCGGCGUGUGCCAAGAGAAUCGGGAAAGUCGCCUCAAUCGAGAAGAAACGAUUCGCCGCUAUGGUAUCUUCUGGAAUACUGAAUGCCGAAGAAGGUGUCGCUGAUGGUUGCCAGGCGCCGAUUUAUCUUGUUUGGAAGUUUCUUGGUUGCUGCGAAGGCCUGUGUGGAUCUGCACUCGGAGUCACCGUCAAAUCUGGAUUUGAUACUACCGUUUCAUGGCUGUGUUCCAUGUGCGUGUUUGGAGGCCAGACAGUUGUAGAGGGCAUGGAAGAACGGCACAAAUGCGCUGACUUGAACGAACUGACACAAGUGGAGAGCUCUGAUUUUGAUUGUCGUCCACCUGGUUGGGAGCAUCAAGAGUCGGAUACCGUUGUUCAUCCAAAGCCCAUCCCCGAAGUCGUUGCGGCACUGCAGAAGAUCGUUGCAGAUAACCCUAAUGACGAGAUUCUUAAUAGCGGUGAGUUUUGAAAAAAACAUCAUAUACAUUUUAUGUCAAGAUAUCGAGAUGAGACGCGAGAUCCUAAUUCUGUUGUGCAAUUUGCUAACUCAUUGUUUUGUUCGAUUCAGCGAGCCACGAGGUCAGCUAUGUGGUUGGUACCCUAAACUACGUCACG